AUGGCUGCAUGUGAUAUAGAAGAUGAUGCUGGCAAAAGUUUUAACAGUCUUGAAGGGUGUCUUGAUCAUAUUUCCAGAGAGAAGGACAAGGAGAUGAAGCAAUUGAAAGAAAAUGAAACAACCAAAAAGGGCAUAAUUGAAGUACGCCCUGAAGAAGAAAGAGAAGGAGAUAAGAGUCAAGUGAAAGAAACGACGAAAAUGGCUGCAUGUGAUAUAGAAGAUGAUGCUGGCAAAAGUUUUAACAGUCUUGAAGGGUGUCUUGAUCAUAUUUCCAGAGAGAAGGACAAGGAGAUGAAGCAAUUGAAAGGAAAUGAAACAACCAAAAAGGGCAUAACUGAAGUACGCCCUGAAGAAGAAAGAGAAGGAGAUAAGAGUCAAGUGAAAGAAACGACGAAAAUGGCUGCAUGUGAUAUAGAAGAUGAUGCUGGCAAAAGUUUUAACAGUCUUGAAGGGUGUCUUGAUCAUAUUUCCAGAGAGAAGGACAAGGAGAUGAAGCAAUUGAAAGAAAAUGAAACAACCAAAAAGGGCAUAAUUGAAGUACGCCCUGAAGAAGAAAGAGAAGGAGAUAAGAGUCAAGUGAAAGAAACGACGAAAAUGGCUGCAUGUGAUAUAGAAGAUGAUGCUGGCAAAAGUUUUAACAGUCUUGAAGGGUGUCUUGAUCAUAUUUCCAGAGAGAAGGACAAGGAGAUGAAGCAAUUGAAAGAAAAUGAAACAACCAAAAAGGGCAUAAUUGAAGUACGCCCUGAAGAAGAAAGAGAAGGAGAUAAGAGUCAAGUGAAAGAAACGACGAAAAUGGCUGCAUGUGAUAUACAAGAUGAUGCUGGCAAAAGUUUUAACAGUCUUGAAGGGUUUCUUGAUCAUAUUUCCAGAGAGAAGGACAAGGAGAUGAACCAAUUGAAAGAAAAUGAAACAACCAAAAAGGGCAUAAUUGAAGUACGCCCAGAAGAAGAAAGAGAAGGAGAUAAGAGUCAAGUGAAAGAAACGACGAAAAUGGCUGCAUGUGAUAUACAAGAUGAUGCUGGCAAAAGUUUUAACAGUCUUGAAGGGUUUCUAGAUCAUAUUUCCAGAGAGAAGGACAAGGAGAUGAAGCAAUUGAAAGAAAAUGAAACAACCAAAAAGGGCAUAAUUGAAGUACGCCCAGAAGAAGAAAGAGAAGGAGUUGGUCCAGAUAAGAGUCAAGUGAAAGAAACGACGAAAAUGGCUGCAUGUGAUAUAGAAGAUGAUGCUGGCAAAAGUUUUAACAGUCUUGAAGGGUGUCUUGAUCAUAUUUCCAGAGAGAAGGCCAAGGAGAUGAAGCAAUUGAAAGAAAAUGAAACAACCAGAAAGGGCAUAAUUGAAGUACGCCCUGAAGAAGAAAGAGAAGGAGAUAAGAGUCAAGUGAAAGAAACGACGAAAAUGACUGCAUGUGAUAUACAAGAUGAUGCUGGCAAAAGUUUUAACAGUCUUGAAGGGUUUCUUGAUCAUAUUUCCAGAGAGAAGGACAAGGAGAUGAAGCAAUUGAAAGAAAAUGAAACAACCAAAAAGGGCAUAAUUGAAGUACGCCCAGAAGAAGAAAGAGAAGGAGACAAGAGUCAAGUGAAAGAAACGACGAAAAUGGCUGCAUGUGAUAUAGAAGAUGAUGCUGGCAAAAGUUUUAACAGUCUUGAAGGGUGUCUUGAUCAUAUUUCCAGAGAGAAGGACAAGGAGAUGAAGCAAUUGAAAGGAAAUGAAACAACCAAAAAGGGCAUAACUGAAGUACGCCCUGAAGAAGAAAGAGAAGGAGAUAAGAGUCAAGUGAAAGAAACGACGAAAACGGCUGCAUGUGAUAUACAAGAUGAUGCUGGCAAAAGUUUUAACAGUCUUGAAGGGUUUCUUGAUCAUAUUUCCAGAGAGAAGGACAAGGAGAUGAAGCAAUUGAAAGAAAAUGAAACAACCAAAAAGGGCAUAAUUGAAGUACGCCCAGAAGAAGAAAGAGAAGGAGAUAAGAGUCAAGUGAAAGAAACGACGAAAAUGGCUGCAUGUGAUAUAGAAGAUGAUGCUGGCAAAAGUUUUAACAGUCUUGAAGGGUGUCUUGAUCAUAUUUCCAGAGAGAAGGACAAGGAGAUGAAGCAAUUGAAAGAAAAUGAAACAACCAAAAAGGGCAUAAUUGAAGUACGCCCUGAAGAAGAAAGAGAAGGAGGUGGAGGGGUGUGGGGGGAAGCAACAAAAAUCCUGGUUACCGAU